GUUCUCUGCCAGGAUGCGGCACUGAGCAUGCUCAGAGCGCUGAUCGUGACCAUGGCGGUAUUCAGCGGCGGGGGGGGCCGGGCGUGCGACCCCCAGGACAACUGCUCGGCCGACACCGAGUCCAAAGACUACUGCUACUCGGCUCGCAUCCGCAGCACGGUGCUGCAGGGGCUGCCGUUCGGGGGGGUGCCCACCGUGCUCGCCCUCGACUUCAUGUGUUUCCUGGUGCUGCUCUUCGUCUUCUCCAUUCUGCGUAAGGUGGCGUGGGACUACGGCCGCCUGGCGCUGGUCACCGACGCCGACAG